AUGGCCUCCCGGGAGCCCCUGCACAUGAAGACCCCGAUCCGAGACAGCAUGGCCCUGUCCAAGGUGGCCGGCACCAGCGUGUACAUCAAGAUGGACAGUGCCCAGCCCUCGGGCUCCUUCAAGAUCAGGGGCAUCGGCCACCUCUGCCAGAAGAAGGCCGAGCAAGGCUGCAAACACUUCGUCUGCUGCUCAGCGGGCAACGCAGGCAUGGCGGCCGCCUACGCAGCUAGGAGGCUGGGCAUCCCCGCCACCAUCGUCGUGCCCAAGACCACACCUGCCCUCACCAUCGAGCGGCUCAGAAGCGAGGGCGCCACGGUCAAGGUGGUGGGUGAGACGUUGGAGGAGGCCCAUGAGCUGGCCACGGCCCUGGCGAAGAACAACUCAGACUGGGUCUUCAUCUCUCCCUUCGACGACCCCCUUAUCUGGGACGGCCACACUUCCAUCGUGAAGGAGCUGAAGGAGAUGCUGAGCGCAAAGCCGGGGGUCAUCGCGCUGUCGGUGGGGGGCGGCGGCCUCUUGUGCGGAGUGGUCCAGGGGCUGCAGGAGGUGGGCUGGGGGGACGUGCCCAUCAUCGCCAUGGAGACCAAGGGAGCCCACAGCUUCCACGCUGCCACCUCUGUGGGCAAGCUCGUCCCUCUGGACCAGGUUACCAGUGUGGCCAAGGCUCUGUGUGUGAGGACCGUGGGGGCUCAAGCCCUGAAGCUGUUUCAGGAACACCCCAUUUUCUCGGAAGUUAUCUCCGACCAGGAGGCUGUGGCCGCCAUUGAGAAGUUUGUGGAUGACGAGAAGAUCCUGGUGGAGCCGGCCUGCGGGGCAGCCCUGGCCGCUGUCUACAGCAACGUGGUUCAGAAGCUGCAAGGAGAAGGGAAGCUUCGCACCCCGCUGUCCUCAAUCGUCAUCAUCGUCUGUGGGGGCAGCAACAUCAGUCUGACCCAGCUGCAGGACCUCAAGAAGCAGCUGGGCAUGUAGAAUGCGCUGCCCAAGUGAAGGUCUCCCGGCCCCGGGAGACCCCUGCCAGGGCUGGAGUGUGACCCAGCACCUCGUUGUACGUAUCACGCUUCUGUCUGGUUGCGAGACUGCAGCCAGGCCAGUCGGUGCUUGCUUGUACCCACGAGCCCAUGGGGCGGAGGGGAACAUGCUUCGCAGUCGAGGCGGGGGGAGGGGUGGGUGUCAGCGGCCAGCGAGGCUGACUGACCCCCUGCUGCCUGUGUGACUGCCCUGUGAUCGUCCCUGGCCACCCCUGCCGGGGCGACUCUGCCCUCAUGUAACAUACCCGGUCCCCAGAGCAGGGUGGGCGCGAGGGACCGAGGUCACACCGGAGGCCCCCCCCGGGAGCACCGUGUGCCCACCAGGCUCUCCACCUGGGGAGGUGGACAGGCCCGCAGCCCAGGCUGAGGAACCGUCUUUAUUUUACUCCCAGGAAGCCCACCCCCACCCUUACCCAUUUUUCUAAUGUGCACACAUUUUCAUUGAAAAAUAAGUAUUUAUGACGCAAAGAGCCUUUGAGUUUCUCCAUCAUCACUGUCUUCCUCCCUUCCCUCCUCCCACCCCAUCACGCCUGCUCCCAGCCCUGCUAUCAGCAGUGAGCACCCCCAACCGCCACCUCCAGCCCCAGGAACCCUGGGGCCCCACAUGAAACUCAAGACCCCCCACCCCACCCCAUCCCCACAGCUGGGCUUGCAUGCCAGAGGGCGGGAAGCCGGUGAGGGAGGUGGCGCUGAACAAGAGGGGCUUGGGUGGGGCGAAGGAAGAGUGAUUUAAUCCCAGAACCACAGGGAGCAGGUAGUGAGCCCCCAUCCCUGGGGGUGUGUACCCCGACACUGGACAAUCAUCUCAGGGACAGGGAAGGAAUAGAGGCAAAGUCAGUGUCAGGCAAACCCUCUGAAACAUGAAGCCCUCUCUCAAGGAGGCAGGAGCCUCAAGGGCUGGGAGGGGCCCCAUCACCCCU